AUGCCAAGCUAUGUUAAAUUUUUGAAAGACAUUCUACAUAAAAAGAAAAGGUUGAAUGAGUUUGAAACGGUUGCUUUGACCAAAGAAUGUAGCGCGCUUCUUACUUGUAAAAUUCCUCCCAAGUUAAAAGACCCGGGAAGUUUUACCAUCUCAUGUUCUAUAGGAGGGAAAGAAGUAGGCCAUGCCCUAUGUGAUUUGGGGGCAAUCAUUAAUCUUAUGCCAUUGUCAGUUUUUAACAAGCUAGGAAUAGGAGAAGUCCAUCUGACGAUCGUGACUUUAGAAUUGGCGGAUAGGUCCAUUGCAUAUCCUAAGGGUAAAAUAGAGGAUAUUUUGGUCCAAGUCGAUAAAUUUAUUUUUUUGGACGAUUUUCUAGUUUUGGACUAUGAAGUUGACAAGAAUGUCCCAAUCAUCUUAGGACAACCUUUUCUUGCAACUGGGAGAACAUUAAUUGAUGUACAAAAGGGGGAGUUGACCAUGAGAGUUAGUGAUCAAGAAGUGAAAUUCAAUGUGUUUAAUUCUCUUAAGUUUCAUGGAGAGGUAGGUGAUUGUUCAGUCAUUUCUGCUUUAGGUGAAGAUCUAGAGAUAAGAUUGAUUCACAUUCCCUACAAAAGUGACAUUGGGGAAAAUCUUGAGGACAUAUUGGAAAAAAAUGUUGAGUUGGAAGAUUUGGAAGAUUUAGCGAUAUUUGAGCAACUUGACUUUAAGGAUAGAGUUGUCCAACCACCAUCCAUAGAGAAAGAAGGGAGAAAAAGAAAAAAAAAUAAUAAUAAAGGAAUAUCUUAUACUUUUGAAUAG